ACGGAGAGACAGCAGCAGCGAACACAAUCGAUCGUCUCUCUUUCCCUCUCUUUCGUCAUCUCUAAUCUUCUUCUUCUUCUUCUUCAUCAUCAUCACACUGACUGUGAAAAAGACCCCUUUUGUUUUUUUUUUUUACAAUCUGAGAUCUGGAACAGAUAUUUCUAAAAUCUCAUUAAAUUCCCCCUUAAAGUUUCAAUCUUUACCCUUUUUCCCCCAAAUAUUUCUGGAGAUUUCUUUCUAAAAUUUCUCCACCGAUUCACCCCCCCCCCCAGUCUCCCUGGCUAUGAGAAUCUAUUGAAGUUCUUUCUUUCUCAGAGCUUCAAUGAUGCAAAAAAAAAUCCCUAAUUUUUUUUACCCCCAAUUAAAAAAAAGAACUUCAAAUUCAUGGAGGAUCCAAGCACAUUCCGGUAGAUUUGUAUCUUUGGGGGAGAAGAAGAGAAAGUCAAAUCUUUAGGGUUUUCCCGAUUUGAAGAAAGUUUCGAUUUUGUUUUUUUUUUGUAUAAAACCAAAUGUUCUCGAACCAGUUCGUUCUCGUCUUCUCUCUUCUUCUAUGUCUCCCAUUCGUCUUCUUCUUCGUUGCGCCACAUGUGUUCCCUUCACCUCCUCCUGGUGAAUCUUUAAUCCCAAUCUCCGAUGAGAUUGAUGACCGGAGUUUAUUCAUCGCCGCUGCUGGCUCAACCUCUCUCUCCCAUCUCUCAUCUGGAAACCCUAACCCUAAGCUCAAGAUUGCGUUUUUAUUCCUCACCAACUCCGAUCUCCAUUUCGCGCCAAUCUGGGAUCGCUUCUUCUCUGGUCAUCCUAAAUCUCUCUACAACGUCUACGUCCACGGAGAUCCUUAUGCCAAUAUCACAAGACCUGGCAACGGCUCUGUAUUUGAGAAUGCCUUCAUUGCCAAUGCUAAGCGCACGGCACGAGCCUCUCCGACGCUUAUCUCCGCCACGAGACGGCUCCUCGCCACCGCGUUUCUUGAUGAUCCUGCGAAUACUUACUUCGCUGUGCUCUCUCAGUAUUGCAUUCCUCUCCACUCUUUCAACUACGUUUACAGCUCUCUCUUUGAGUCUUCGACUUUUGAUAAAUCUGAUCCGGAUCCUACUCCUAAUCCUAGAGGUAUCCGGAUCUUGUACCGGAGUUUUAUGGAACUGAUAUCUGAUGAGCCGAGGCUUUGGAAACGCUACAUUGCUCGGGGAAGGUAUGCUAUGAUGCCUGAGGUUCCAUUUGAGAAGUUCCGAGUUGGUUCGCAGUUCUUUGUUAUGACUAGAAAACAUGCUUUGUUAACCAUCAAAGAUCGGAUCUUGUGGCGUAAAUUUAAGCUCCCUUGUUAUCGUUCUGACGAGUGUUACCCUGAGGAGCAUUAUUUCCCAACGCUGUUGAACAUGAAGGAUCCUGAUGGUUGCACGGGGUAUACGCUUACUAGGGUUAACUGGACUGGCACUGUGAAAGGACAUCCUUAUACCUAUAAGCCUAAGGAAGUCGUGCCUGAGCUGAUUCAGAGACUCCGGCGAUCAAACCACUCUAGCUCCUACUUUUUCGCACGCAAAUUUACUCCAGGUUGCUUGAAGCCGCUGUUGGCCAUUGCAGAUUCCGUGAUUUUCAGAGAUUAAGUUAUGCAGGGUGACAAAAGAAAGUUUUGGACCGAAGAGGUUUUAUGAUAUGGGUUGAACCGUUGAGGAACAGAUGCCACUUUCAGGAUUAAGAAGUGGCAAACCGAAACGAUGUUCGAAAUAAAUAUACCAGUUUUAGUGGUACUUGGAGGCAGCGCUUGCCUGUUAGCUGUUGUGACAUAUAUAUAUCACACGACACGAGAACACAGAUUAAGAGAUGGAGAAUUUGUAAUUUGUUUUUAUUUUUUUGUUUUCUUUUUGUUCUUAGAGCUGGUGCUGUUACAUGGCAGAGCUCUUUUUACCUCAAAGGCUUGGGGUUUGUAGCAUUAUAAAUGUAUCAAUGAAAGAGAUAUGUUAUUUUC